AUGGAAUGGUACAAAAUCAGCUCCAAUGGAGAGCUAAUUGAAAUGGAUAAAAAUAAGUCCGAAUGGGUUGGCGAAAUUCAAAAUCAAACUUUGUUGUUGAAGUCAUUGUCAGCGCAGGAUGUGGGAACCUACAAGUGUAAAAUAUCAUUUCUUGAGUAUAGCGCCUCUGAGUCGGCAAAUAUAACCCUGAAAG